AUGCCGCCCGCCGGCCAUAUCUGCGGGCGGCGCACGCCGCUGUCACACCGGCGCGGGCGCAGCUCUCUCCCUGCCGGGCCGGACGGCUCCGAGACCUACCAGCGAGCAGGUGUCGCGGUGCCCCCGGCUCCGGGCCCAGAGGCGUCGGCCUUCCUCGCCGUGCUUAUUGCCAGCGGCCCCAAGUACACGGAGCGCCGCAGCAUCAUCCGCAGCACGUGGCUGUCGACGGCGGGCCGCCCGCCCCACGAGGACGUGUGGUGCCGCUUCGUGGUGGGCACGGGCGGCCUGGGCGGCGACGAGCUGCGUGGCCUGGAGCUGGAGCAGAGCCGCCACCGCGACCUCCUGCUGUUGCCCGAGUUGCGCGAUUCCUAUGAGAACCUGACGGCCAAGAUCCUGGCCAUGUACGUGUGGCUCGACCUGCACCUGGACUUCCGCUUCGUCCUCAAGGCCGACGACGACACCUUCGUGCGCCUGGACGUGGUGGUGGAGGAGCUGAGGGCCAAGGAGCCACGGCGCCUCUACUGGGGCUUCUUUUCCGGGCGCGGCCGGGUCAAGUCCGGUGGCAAGUGGAAGGAGAGCGCCUGGGUCCUCUGUGACUAUUACCUGCCUUACGCCCUGGGGGGUGGCUACGUGCUCUCCGCAGACCUGGUGCACUACCUGCGCCUCAGCCGCGACUAUCUGAACAUGUGGCAGAGCGAGGAUGUCUCCCUUGGUGCCUGGCUGGCCCCUGUUGAGGUUAAGAGGGUGCAUGACCCUCGUUUCGACACUGAGUACAAGUCGCGCGGCUGCAACAAUAAGUAUGUGGUCACCCACAAGCAGAGCAUCGAGGACAUGCUUGAGAAGCACCAGACACUGGCCAAAGAAGGGAAGCUUUGCAAGGAGGAGGUUAAGCUGCGGCUUUCCUACAUGUAUGACUGGGGGGUCCCUCCUUCACAGUGUUGCCAGAGGAAAGACGGCAUCCCUUGAACGUUUUGGGAGAAGGGCAGACUCUGAGCUGAUUCUCUGUUACAGGGCCCGCUGGAAGUUGGGCUUGAAAAUUACUCAGUUUGCACAAAUUGUACGUGGAGACCAUGUGCACGGACCAACAUAACCCUGAAAUUUUUAAGAAAUACAAAAAUCCAGAAAUGGGGGGAUGGGAAAGGGUGAUAGGAUGGAACCCGAAUGCAAAGAACACGUGGGGAUAACUUGGAUGCAGGGCAGCUUGAAAGACCUUUGACUGACUCCAACAUUUGUUUGCUGGAGAACACCUCAGGCCUUCACACCAUCCGCAAGAUUUGAAACCAAUGCCUGCUAUUCAUUCUUUGCAGGGAACAAGCAUCAUCUGGCCGAGCCUGUUGGCAGCAUUUAAAGACUGAUAAUGGGAUCACAGAUCGGAUCAGUGGGAACAGCUGGCUGAUAGAGGCAUGGCAUUUAAGAAUAGGAAAAUGUGUCAGAUUUUGCAGUGUUUAUGUUGGCAUUGGGGGUUGCCUAAUGUUUGGACAGGGCUCUUAUCUGCAAGAUCUGAAUUGUUAGAAGACUGGCAACUUCUCUCUGAAUUUAAUCCUUUAAACCUUUUUUUUUUUUUAAACAUGAUGGUGUACUGUGUAACCUGAACUAUCUGGCAGCUACAACAUAGAUCUGUGUUUGGAAGGGAGUAUGUAUUAUGCCAUUUUGCAUAUAUGCUAGGGUACAUUAUCAGUCUUAUUUUGGAGGCUAACACUUGGUUACUGGGAUUAAAUGCUGCUCUUAUUAUAUUCUUCAAGCGUAUUGUAUGAACUAGUUUAACUACCUUUUUUACAAGAAAAAACCCAAUGAUGAGUAAGGUCUUGCAAGGGUUAGCCAGAUUCGAAUCUCAGUAUCUCAGACGGGAAGUACAAAACCACCAGGCUAUUUGGACUAAUUUUAAAUAUAAUUCUGCAAAAAAAUAAGUAGAUCCAAUGUUGGCUAUUCACAUGGUAUGUCACGGGGAUUUAUUUUUACAUUUCUCUCUAGUCCUGUCUACACUACAAUUGAAUUUAUUGCUGACAAGGGUCCAAUGUUGAAAAUUAAUUUCUCCACCAGUAUAGAUGGGAUGUUUCUGCACACUGAUGGAGCUCAUCAUUCAUAGGAGUAAUUCCAGCACGUAUGACCUUUUUUGCUGUACAUUUUUUAGCUGUGCGUGUAAUCCUGAUGUUCUGUAAUGUUUCUGAAAAUGUUACUAUCAAUGCACACAAUUACACCAUUUGCAGCACUAGCUCUGAGGGGCUUCUCUUUAACAGCCUUUGUCAGCAACACAUCUCUUUCCUAGUAUAGACAGAGCUUUAAUGUUUAUGCCUGAAGGGCAUGUUCUCAGUGUCUGUCUCACUGUUCAUUGCACACUGCACUUUCAUACUACGUCUUUCAUUUCCUUCUCUCCCUGGACCAGGGUCUAUCUGUCUCUCUCACUUGCCAGUGGAGGGAGACAUUAAACUUCAUAAAAUAGGAGCUCAUUCUAACUUCUUAAUAUCUUUGCUUUUUAGGCCUGUGAUUUAGUCAUUUAUACCAAAGGAGUCAAAAGUAUUUAUCUUUAAUAAAAUCCUCUUUUUUUUAGUUUUGAGUAGCUUCCUAUGGAGGAUUAAGGAAAAAGACCUACUUAUUUACUUUGGGUAUUUCAACAGUGCAUUCUGUAACUUUCCCAUUAAAAGAUAAAUGAAUGAAGGCACUAAACAUGUAAUUUAUUUUAGCUUUUGCAUGGUGACUUUGUCACACUGAUGUAAAUAUGACCUUCAGUGGAAUAGAUUUCUGCAAAAUGAAAUUUAAUCUGGUUGCAAGAAGUGUAAUUGGUUUCUAUACUACUUAAGUCUUUAUUUGCUCUUUAAGGUAAAUCAUUAUUGUACAGACAGUGUUUGUAAUUGUGAUUUAUUUAUUUAUAAAUAUUGUAAAUGUACUAUGUAUAGUAAAAAUGUAAGAUAGUUAAGUGUCAUCUUAUAUUUAAAAUUAUUUAAGGAAGGUCAACAAAUAACUUAUCAAGUGCUUGAAAUUAACUGAUAUAUAUAGUUCAUUAUUUAAAAUUAUCAGGGUCUGAGUUGUAGACCCAAAAUCUACCGCAUGUCUCUCUCAAGCUAGUAACAAUGUACUAAUCGCCCAUUUGUCGAAAUAAUCAAUUUUUAUGUAAGUCUUUUGCAUUGUUGUUUAUCCCUCUCAUUUCAUUGUUUUCAUGGGGUGAUGAGAAUUUGAGCCACACAGGAGU